AUGGAUAUACAAACAAAACAAACAGAGCUAUUAGAUUUAUCGAUGCCAAAAGUGAAUGAGAAAGGAACAGAACCAGAGAAUUCAUUAAUUAGAGAUCGGAAAAUAUCGUUGAAUUCACGAAUCCAACGAGCAUAUGUUGGAAAAAAUCACAGUGUCACGACUGAUUCCGAUGAAAGUUCGAGACACAACGAAAAUUCCUCUGAUUUAUCAUAUUCGAAAGGUCACAAGAGAACUCAUUCCGGUAAAGAAUCGGGCAGUUCGAGCGAAAGUUCCUCUGAUUUGUCACAUCUGAGAGGUCACGGUGGAAAGCCUUACAGUUGUUUGGAAUGCGAGAGACGUUUCGCUCUGCCAUAUCUUUUGAAAGCUCAUGUAAUGAUGGAUCAUAGCAGUGAAAAGCCGUAA